CCUCGGUUUCCUGGGGUUACUCCUCCGACAGACGCGUUCUCGCGGACUGACACCCCAGGAGGAGGAGCAGGAGAGGCACUGACGGGUGAGGAGCGCAGCGCACCCCUCCGCCACACCCCCGCCCCCCGCCCGCCAGUGGAGCAGGUCGGCACCUCUCGGAGGCGAGCGCGAGCCGGGUCCAGCCAGGAGGUGGGCUGCGACCUAUCCUGCUCGAAUCCGUCCGGUCUCCGCUCCAGCACUGUGAUUUCCAGGGGCGCGGAUUUCAGCCGGGCUGUCUUCGCCCCUCGGUGGCAGCAGGGAGGCCUCUGGCACCCGACUCCGUCCACCGCCAGGAAGCCCCCAAAAGCGCUCUCGCCCUGUGGACGACUCGGAGUCCCUGCAGAGGCCGGGAGGAAGUUGGCGGCGCCAGCCCACCGGCGAGGGGGCGCGGAGCGUGGGGAGCGCGGGGGGCCCUGUCUGCUGGAGCGUCGGCUCCGCUGCUGAGCUCCCGGCAGGUGCCGGGAAACGCCGCGGGAAGGAGCGGCUCUGAGCAACAGGUGCAGCCCGCAGCGCCGCCGGAUCGAGGGAAAACGGCCGGCGGAGAUCUGCAGCGGUAAGGCGCGGGAAGCCUUUCUACCUCCUCCCAGGUUACGUGGUCGCGCGGCGGGCGGAGGCGCCCAGGCAGGGGACCCCAGAGCUCUCGAGACUACUGCCCUUCCCGAGAAGGUCCGGCUCCACGCUCCCGACCCGCCCUCUCUCAGAAGGACCCGGCGCGAAGACGGUGCCACCAGGCGCGGCCGCCUGAUCCCUGCCCCUGCCGGCGCGCGCCUCCGAGGAAGCCCAGGCUCGGAAACUCCCGCAUUCCCUGCAUCGCGCCGGGACCCCGGCCACCCCCGGCGCCCACCUUCGCCGCCACGCACCCGCCGUCCCUCGGUCCCGGCGCGCCCCGCCGCUCGCCUGGGCAACCCCGCUAGCCAUGGAGCUGGCGGCCGGGAACCUCAGCGAGGGCAACGCUAGCUGGCCGGAGCCCUCCGCCCGCGAGCGCCGGCCGCUGUUCCGCAUCGGCGCGGAGAACUUCGCCACGCUGGUGGUGUUCGGCCUGAUCUUCGCGCUGGGCGUGCUGGGCAACAGCCUGGUGAUCACCGUGCUGGCGCGCAGCAAGCCGGGCAAGCCGCGGAGCAUCACCAACCUGUUCAUCCUCAACCUGAGCAUCGCCGACCUGGCCUACCUGCUCUUCUGCAUCCCCUUCCAGGCCACCGUGUACGCGCUGCCCACCUGGGUGCUGGGCGCCUUCAUCUGCAAGUUCACCCACUACUUCUUCACCGUGUCCAUGCUGGUCAGCAUCUUCACGCUGGCCGCGAUGUCCGUGGACCGCUACGUGGCCAUCGUGCACUCGCGGCGUUCCUCCUCGCUCAGGGUGUCCCGCAACGCGCUGCUGGGCGUGGGCUGCAUCUGGGCUCUGUCCAUCGCCAUGGCCUCGCCGGUGGCCUACCACCAGGGCCUCUUCCACCCGCGCGCCAGCAACCAGACCUUCUGCUGGGAGCAGUGGCCCGACCCUCGCCACAAGAAGGCCUACGUGGUGUGCACCUUCGUCUUCGGCUACCUGCUGCCGCUCCUGCUCAUCAGCUUCUGCUACGCCAAGGUCCUUAAUCAUUUGCACAAAAAGUUGAAGAGCAUGUCAAAGAAGUCUGAAACAUCCAAGAAAAAGACUGCACAGACGAUUCUGGUGGUGGUCGUGGUGUUUGGAAUCUCCUGGCUGCCUCACCACAUCAUCCAUCUCUGGGUUGAGUUUGGAGUUUUCCCACUGACACCGGCUUCCUUCUUCUUCAGAAUCACCGCCCACUGCCUGGCAUACAGCAAUUCCUCGGUGAAUCCUAUCAUAUAUGCAUUUCUCUCUGAAAAUUUCAGGAAGGCUUAUAAGCAAGUGUUCAAGUGUCACCUUCGCAAAGAUUCAGAUCUGAAUGAUAAUAAAGAAAACAAAAGUCGAAUAGACACCCCACCAUCAACCAAUUGUACCCACGUGUGAUCAAACAAAUAUUAGAGUAUCCUUAUUGUUGAGUUUCCUUAUAAGUGGACCAGACACAGAAACGAACAGAAGGAACUAGUAGCAACUUGUUCUCUUAACAACAACUCAUGUCAUUUUAAUUAAAUCCCACCUGUGUUCAAAAGCACUUUGAUCCAUUUAGGAAAUUCCUAGGUCUAGUGAGAAUUACUUUUCUAUUUUAUUUUAUUUCGAAAUUAUGUUUCAGAAACAAAAGACAAUGCUGUAUAGUUUUAUUCCUCUUCAGAAAUGAAAGCUUAGUAGAAUUUUAUAGAUAUGUUCAACUCUUCAUAGAUUAAGGACUGACCCAUCAAAAUGGUCAGGAAUAUUUGGAGUCUACAUUUUAAAGCAAAUAUAUUUAGGAAAAAAAUUUGAGCUUCAAUUCUUUAAUUUUAAGAGAAGUAAUAUUAUGAACUAUGUAUUUUAAAAUAUGAUCAUGGACAUACAAUGAUGAUUUUUCUGGGGGCCAUUUACAUAGGCACAUCUAUUAAGUGGGAAGAAGGCGUCCUGAAGUCUGAUUGCAGAGGUGCAUUGCUUGCAUUUGUCGCUAGAGUACAGAGCUUCUGCAGUCGGUGGUUUGAGAUGCAGCCGGUUUCUCUCAGGAGUCAGCUCAGAGUUGUGGUGACCCUGGGGUGCAGUAGUAGGCACUGUUGAUUAAAAUCUAUCCUGUGAAAUUAGGCUUUAUAGAAUUAAGGAAACAGAGUCAGAGACCACUGUCCUAGUAAUGGAAGGUGCAAAUGAGUUUUUAAGAAUAAAAUUGGGUAUUGAAAUUUUAUAUAAGUACUUGACAAAGGUUUUCAUUAUGCCUUGAAUGGAACCUACUCGAAAGAGAGAUGAAAAAAAAAUCAGUAAGGUCGAUAUAGAUAAUAAUUUCUAUGGGCUGAAGACUAGACAGAAUUCAGUAAGUCAUAUGAUGUAAUGGCCAUGCCUAUAAAGUAUAUUUCAUGUUUGAUUUAGAUAACAUUAAAAAAUCAUGAGACUGAAUCCACCUAGGGAUAUCCUAUCUUGUACGAAUGCAUGUUUUUUCAUUAAAUUUGUAAUGAUGUGUAAUGCACAUUUCCACCAAAUGUUAUUUCCUCUAAAAAUGUUAAUGUGGGGUCAAAACCAUCACCACUUGAAUUUCAAAUGUAGUUUUCAUGACAAUUUCAUAUGGAUAUGUGUUUACAAUGAGAAAAUGGCAUGAAGAUAUUAAAUUAUCCUGGAUCAGAAAAGUGCUCUUCAGACUGCAAGACCUUGAUAUGUUUUAGGAGGAAACAAAAGCAAGAUUUGUUUUUGUUUGUUUAAAAGGAUUUGCCUAGGAAUGGUGGCUUAUGCCUGUAAUUCCAACAUUUUGGGAGGUCAAGGUGGGUAGGUUGCUUGAGCUCAGGAGUUCAAGACCAGCGUGGGCAGCAUGGCAAAACCUGGGCUUUACUAAAAAUACAAAAAUUAUCUGGGUGUGGUGGCACAUGCCUCUAGUUUCAGCUACACUGGAUGCUGACACAGUGGAUCACCUGAGCCUGGGAGGUCCAGAAUGCAGUCAGCCAAGACUAUACAACUGCACUCCAGCCUGGGCAGCACAGCAAGACUCUGUCUCAAAAAAACAAAAAACACCAAUGAUGUGUAAUGUACAUCUGUGCCAAAUCAGGACUCCACAUGGAACAUCAAAUUUUGGAUAAAAAUACAGACUUGACAUAAGCCUUUGGCAUGCUGACUUUUCUAGCUCAUUCACUUACUUUCAUUAAUCAUAUUCCAGUGACCAGUGUUUACAAUUGCAAUGUUAUUAAUAACUCUUUGGGUAAAAGGAAAGAAAAAUGUUAGACAGGUUGGGAAGUGAUAUAUUUUCAUGUUUGUUGACCAGACAAAGAAGUUGUACGUAUGUGUAAGUGAGGGUCUUAAAGAAUAAGCCCUUUGAUUCGAAUGUUUUUUGCACUUUAUUCAAAUAUAGGAGCAGAAAAAUUUUAUCCUGACAGUAAUACCUCAUAUGAUUUGUGGAACCUGUGUUGCUGUUGUAAACUCCAGAACAACUUUGGGGUGUGAAUUCACAGAACUGUGCAAAGAAGUGCCUUCUGGUUGCGUCUGAACUUGCAUGAAUGGCUGUUUCUUUGUUUUCUCCGUGUGAUCUGUAAGCACGUAAAUGGAAGUAUUAAAAAAAAUACUGUAACUAAUGUCACUGUUUUCUAGAGGCAUGCUGAAAAUGUGCUGUUCCUUUUGUCCUUCCCAGAUGCUACUGGUGUGUAGAAAGCUUGAGGCAUGGCACGAAAGUUGUAACUCGCACUUGAAAACCCUCCGCUUUGCUAAAUGUAACUGCUAACUGUUGCAUUUUAUAGUUAGAUAGAAUAUACUUCCUGCGUAUUGUCAUUCUAAUCAGUUCCUCUUACUCAGAGUUUCAGCUGAGUCUACUUCUAAAACAAAUUUUGAUAGGGAUAAUAACGUACUCUGCAAAGAUCUCAACCUGUUCAAACUUAUCUGAAUGAAGAGUUCCAGAAGAACUCGUAAACAGAGUUAAAUUACCCAGAGAAGUAUAAGAGUGUGUUGCAUUUGCCACGCAUCUGCUUCCUAGCUAGACUUUUCCCUAAUAUAUCAUGACCAGUUCUGAAGCACCUUCUUCUCCAUCACUAAAUGAAGACAGCCUCCCAAGGACACACUUUUUAUCCCAGCAUCAGGUUGAGGGAGAAAUAUUGAGUGCGCCUUUGAAGUCAGGCUGCCUGAGACCCACAUUUUCGGUUUACUUCAAAGAAAACUGAUGUCUCUUAUGUAGAUUUGGGUGUCUCAGUGCCCCGAGGCAGCUGUUGUUUCCCUAGGCUUUUUGCUUUCAUCUAAGGUGACAGGACCUGGGAUAUUUAGUGGCUGAAAUGCCUGCUGUUUCACAUGCAUAAGCAACAGUUUUGCUUUCCUGCUGCUGAAUACAGUGAUGUGGUUGGAAACAUUUUCUUGUCCUGUAUCCUGGAGAUAGGAAAUAGAUUCUCUCUCUGCUCUCCUGAGCAGGUAUGUGCUUGGCAAUGUGGGAGACCGACCAUCUUCUCAAUACUUUAGGUAAAUUACUUUUGCUUUUAAUAAAUUGUAUCAUUUUACCCAUUGGGAGUAAAAUCAUUUCCUCCCCCAUCCCGAUCUCUUGUGCUUUUAUCUUUUUUAUCCUAACUCACUUCUAUCCAGAUUUCCUCCGGAUAAUAUUUACCACAGACAGAUUACUCCUUUGGCCCAGACAGAACAAGUCAGAGUCGGGAGGAGAGAUGAUUGCGGAACUGCAUGGGUCAUGCAAGGCUCAGAACUUCUUGAGGCUCAACUCAAAAUCAUGUUGCAUUUCCGCAUUCUCCCAGAUGCUGUGAGGCAGUGCAGCGAUCACGCGUGUUCACUAAGACCCAAAGUCUAAGCAGGAGAGCACGGCGUGUCCCUGUAUCCCUUUCCCUUUCACAGUCGUGAGUAUCUGUAAAUACCAACGUGCUCAUGCUGGAGCAGCACUGCACUGAGGAAAACCACCAGUUGUGCAGCUUCAUCACGUUCUUGCUUUAAAGGAGCUAUUAAACUCACAUGCGUAAACCACAGUCGCCAACUUGGAAAAUACAUCCACGUGGCUACUUCCUCUGAAGAGUAACUGUCUAAAAUUUGUGAAUUUUAAUCUAUGCUUUUGCACAUAGUUUCCAUGUCUUAAAUUUGAAAGUGGCUUUCUAUUAAAGGUAAUCAUGUUCUUCUUGGCCAUUAAAAAUGUUGCCUGGAAGGGUAUUUCUCAAGGAGGUGUUAAUGAUUGUUUAUUGACUUACUUAUUUUAAAAGCUGUAUAUAGAAGAAAGAGUAGGUGGCUUAAAAUUCAGUUACCUGUUGGCCUGGAAACAAACAAAAAAAUCAUGAAAUGGUAAUUAUAUUUGAUGUUAUUUAACCAUAUUUUAAUAUUUUCUCUUUUAGAAGUGGAAAAGUUGAGCCUGUGGAACAAUUUGAAAUGCUUAAGACGUCUUUGAUGGGGCUGAAUCUGCAUAAGGCAAAGGCGUCUAUGGAGAGCGGAUCGUGUAUUCUAAUGCAUGGGUCAGGAGGCUUGGUUCAUUGACUUGUGAAAGUGCUGCGCAUAAUAGUGGUUUCUUUUCUUCACGCGGCAGGUUCACUCACAUUCACGUUUUUGGCUUUAGCUGCCAUCCUGGGGUUCUGCGGACAGCAUGUCUAUUUGACUGGGUAAGACCCUCAUACACUCUGGCGGGCCCUGGCUGUCACUUCUCUGUGGUGCCUGGUGCUGGUGCUCUUCCCAGUG